AUGGCAGAUAUCUCCGAUAAUUCUUAUUCGUUGAUCUCAGCUCUAAGCUGUCUGCGCUCGGUACCCCCAGCUGAUAGCCAGGGGAGUCCCGGCCAGCAUGCGGUGGACGAACUUCAUAAGCUCGUCGAUGACCUAUCUAAGAGACUCAACAAUAACCUGCGAAACACGGGAGUUACCCCUCCGUUCGUGGAUGCGUGUUUAAGAGAAUUCUUUGGCCGGGUAUCUCCCUCUUUUCCGAUCAUCCACGAGCCUACAUUCUCCGUGCGGGACUGUAUAUCCCCUCUGUUGCUGAAUAUGGUUGCUCUGGGUUCUCUAUUUGUAUGUGUCCCCGAUGCUGUGGAGCAAGGAGAGAUACUGUGGAAACUGGGGCAUACCGCGGUUGCAGCCUCGUGGCAGAGUCUGAUUAAACUACGAGGGCCGCAUGACCAGUGUGAUGGUAUCCAGUUGGUUCUAACGGCUCUUCUGGGGCAAACAUACGCAUUGCUUUCUCGCAAUACCAGCGUUCGGACAACCGCGUUUGUCUUCCAUGGAUUAGGCUUCUAUUGGGCAAGGACAUCUGGUAUGUACUCAGUGGACGAUCUUCAACUAGGAGCUAUACCCGACGUGGAAGCAGAGCCAGAAGUCAAGGAGACCGCCUGGCGCAUUUGGGUAGCCGCAGAAGUUCAGCGGCGAGCAACACUCGGACACUAUAUAUUGGACGGGCUCAUCUCACAGGCGUCAGGCUCCGCCGCUAGUGCUCGUCAUCUCACAAACAAAAUCAGCGCCGCAUGUUCCGAUGCUGCAUUUGCUGCCGAGACUGCCGACGAAUGGAUUGUUCAAAUGGCGCAGUUGGGCCAUGAGCGGAUUCCAUUUUCAGAGCUGUUCAUCAGAGUAUGCGCGAGGGAUUAUACCAAGGCGCCAUUAGAGCUCUCGCAACUUUCCAUCUCGGUCUUGCUCGAAGGCCUGCAAUCAUUAAUCGCUGAGCUACAUGACGUCGAUAGCGCGGCUUUGGGAACUAUUCCACGCUCACAGAUCAUUCAAGGUCUUCUCAACAUUUACGAAGGCAAUCUCUGUACCUCCCGCAGUAUCGACUCCCUCCAGACUCUCAUCUGCUGGCAUGCCGUGUGUAUUGAGCUUUCCACCCCCACCAUAUCCCUCUACCGCCGCAUCUGCGACGAGUACAAAUUACCGUUAGUCCUCAGCGGUAUUCCCGUCAAAGGUUGGGCGCGCCCUUUCAACCUCGCCAAUUGGGCUCAAAGCGUCGAAGCAUUUCGCGCCGUUCUCCAUGCGGUUUCCAUCAUACGUCUUCUUAACGAAAUCCCCAGCGGUCAUGCCCAUGCAAUUCACAUCCCCGGCUGCCUCUUCGCCUCAGCCAUGAUACUAGUGGCAACUCACCUCUGGAACAAGAACAAGGUCAAGAUUCCCAAAAAUUGGCGAUGGCACGACGUGUGGGUCGGUGUCAUCGCCGAGAACGAUCAGACCGAUGAAACCCAAGGAAGCGAGAACAUGGAUACUUUGUCUUCUCCGGCUUCCGCUUUGGAUCCUGCAUCUCCCGAUGCUCUUGACUUCAGCGGGGCUAAGAAACUAAUCAACUCGUUGAAUCCAACCGGCGCGAACGAUGCAAUGACUUCGGUGAACUUACUGCAUGAGGUGAAUACAUUACAGAUCAGUCUCAAGACAGUUGCUUCCAGAUGGUUGAUAUCGACCGAGAUGGAAGAGAUUAUUGGGCGUUUGGCGAGACUCCCUAGGCAAUAG